UGCAUCGAUAUGGUAUAUUCAGCACAUUUUUGCCGGGGAAUGAAUUUUUUUCAGAGGAAUGAAGUUCCAGGCCGGUUGAACUGCAAAAGUGGAGGGUCAUCCUCAAUAUCAUUUACUGUGCCUUUAUUUCCUGAUCACAGAGGCUUAAAUAUCUUUGCUGUCUAUGAAAAUUAUAUUAAUUAUUCUGAAUCUGAAGUUGUCGACGAUUGUAUCUAUGAUCCAAUGACGAUUAAAGUAGGUAAUAAGAGCAAGGGUCUGAAGUGGAUCUAUGGCCCACUAUUCUAUGGUGUUCCAGAAAAGGGAGAAGAAAUGACAUGGUUGAGCCAUUGGAAAAUGGAGAAUCAGACAUUAGGAGGAGGAGAUGAAGUGGAGGUUUCGGUAAUUAUGAGACCGCAAAUUGGUUAUGAGGGUGAUGGAUUUCGGCUGAAGGACUUUGUUGUCAAGCUUGUGCAAGGGCAUCAAGAGAGUAAUAUUAACACCACUGCAGAUCCCUUUUAUCCAUGUGUUAUUGGUGGAAAUUUGUCUUUGUGGGAGUAUUUACCAGGAAUAUACUUCCUUUGCUCCCUCCAUCCAUUUUAUAGUGAAAAUCUACAUUUAUGUACGUUAUGAAGAGGGUGGAAGAACCUCAUUGGGGACUCUGAUGAAGGCGCAUAUA